UCAAUCCGACCAUCAAAGAUUAUAUUUUGUUUUGUUCAAUUUCUUCAUUUUUUUCUAAUCAAAAAGUAUUGUUUCUCAGUCAUCAUCAAGCAAUGUCCGAUCAACAGAAAAUCCACCCCGUCGCCCACGAUCUCGAGGCGCCGCAUACCCCAACGGCUCCAUUAGUGCCGCCGGGGGAGACCAAAUCCGACAGAGCUGAGGAGUUCCCUCCGCACCGACGUACCAUCCCUGUGACGCACGCAAGACCUCCAAAGAGGAGGAGAAGCUGCUGCUGCAGGUGCUUCUGCUGGACGAUAUCCCUCCUGCUGCUUCUAGUUAUCAUCAUCGGCGCAGUCAUCGGAAUCCUAUUCCUCGUGUUCCAACCGAAGCUUCCCAAGUUCUCAGUCGACAAAUUGCAGGUAACCCAAUUCACUACCGGCGCCGACAACAGCUUAAACUCAACUUUCGACGUGACAGUCACGGCAAGAAACCCAAACAAGAAGAUCGGAAUAUACUACGAGGAUGGAAGUCAGAUAAGCGGGUGGUACACCGACAUAAAACUCUGCGAUGGGGCUUUGCCGAAGUUCUACCAGGGCCACCGGAACACGACGGUGCUUAUCCUGUCUUUGACAGGACAAACGCAAAACGCCACCGGGCUGGUAAGCGCACUGCAGCAGCAGCAGCAAGAGAUGGGGAAUAUUCCGCUCGAUAUUAAAGUGAAGCAGCCGGUGAGAGUCAAGCUUGGAAAGUUGAAGCUGUUUGAGGUGAAGUUCAAGGUGAGCUGCAGAUUGGUGGUGGAUGCUCUUUCUGCUAAUAAUGAGAUUACAAUUCAGAGUAGUAGCUGUAAGUUCAGGCUUAGGCUAUAAUUAAAUAUAUCUUUAUAGUAUUUUAAUUACGUACUGUAUCUCAUCUUAUAUAUACGUACCAUGGUUGUAUUAUUAUUAUUCUUUUUAGUGUAGAGAUUUUUCAUAUUCCAAUAAAAGAGUGGAGGAUUAUAUGUAGCUUCUUAAUUCCUUCACAUUGUUUUGAUACGCUACUGCCCCUUGUGUUGUAUUAAUUCUUUCGGGCAUUUUACUUGAUAUUAUUUAGAAUUCGGACCAAAUAUUGUUCUCUCUCUCUUAUGAUUAUAUAU